AUGAAUACCAAAGCCAUAGUGAAAGGCUUGCAAGCCUACACGACCUGCGAUGUUGCAGACGCUCUCCUAAAGUUGAAAGUCCCACAUGGCGGCUUUCUCGCAGGCUUAACCAUGUGGUCACCAACACGACAAGAGGGACCUACCAAAGCCAUCGGACCGGCGUAUACUGUGCGAUAUGUUCGGAAGAGCUAUGAGAACGAGCCAAAACCUUCAGGACAUUACAUCGACAGUAUCCCCUCUGGCGCUGUGGUGUUCAUCUCUGCUCCGCCGCGGAUGAUUAAUGCGUGCUAUGGCGGGUUGAUGAGCACUCGGGCGAAGUAUUUGGGAGCGGUGGGCACGGUCAUUGAUGGGCGGUUGAGGGACUUGCAGGAGCAUCGAGAUCUUGAGUAUCCGGUAUUCGCACGAGACGUCGGCACAACAGCUCCUCAGGAAGUGGUUCGGGUUAGCGAGAUCAACGCACCUGUGCGGUUGAACAGCGAGGACCAAGAGGCUGUCAUCAACCCGGGAGACAUACUGAUUGCGGACAUCAACGGCGUCGUCUGCAUCCCACAGUCUUUGGCGGAGAAAACGUUGGACCUCAUACAGUCGCAAGUAGAGGCAGAUGAGAAGGUCGCAGCCGAUUUGAAGACGGGGAGAUCUGUUGCUGAUGCUAUGAAGGAGCAUCGUGCGAAUGUUAAGCAGCCAUAA